CAAAUUGAAACAAGACUAGACACGGUGUUAAAUAUAAUUAACAGAAAUUUAAUUAAGAAAAAUUUAAGGAAAAGCGUUAUAAAAAUAAAUACAAAUUUUGUAAAAUUUACGAAACCAAAGUUAUUGUUCGCGAUAUGAAAGGCCAUAGUCAUGCUAACGUAUUAGAAAACAAGAUAGUUUUGUAUGAGACACAAAUUAAUUUGAAACAAGUGAUUGCAGAUCAAAAUCUCCAUGCCAUGGAUGAGUCAUUGAUGGUUUGUAAUCUCAAUGAGCUGAGAUUAAAAUACCAAAAGUGGAUACAGUUAUUGCCUCGCGUUAAACCAUACUAUGCUGUAAAAUGUAAUGAUGACCCGCAUGUACUCAAAACCUUGGCUAAAUUGGGUACAAAUUUUGAUUGUGCCUCUAAGAAAGAAAUUAGCAAAGUCUUGAAUUUGGGAAUUAAAGCAGAUCGCAUUAUAUUCGCUCAUCCUUGUAAAAUGAUAUCGCAUGUGGAAUAUGCCAAGAGUAAAGGGGUAACAACUAGCACAGUUGAUUCGGAAUGCGAAAUAUUUAAACUACAUAGAUUCUACCCACAAUCAAACUUAGUUAUACGUAUCCGUUGCGAUGGCAGUGAUGUGGUUUUGUCAUUCGGUGAGAAAUAUGGAUGUGAUAGCGAAAAAUUGGCUUAUAAUUUGAUGACUUUAGCUAGAAUACUAAAAAUGAAUGUCAUUGGUAUUAGCUUUCACGUGGGUACCGGUUGUAAUGACUUGCAGGCCUAUAAACGUGCUAUAGCCAAGGCCCAACGACUCUUUGAUGUUGGCUUUAAAUUGGGUUUCAAUAUGAAGAUGCUCGACAUCGGUGGUGGCUUUCCCGGCAAUGAUGAUAAGAAAUUCAAAAAUAUCUGUGAAAUAAUAAACACAUCAUUGAAACGAUAUUUUCCACAAAAUAAUGUGAAUAUUAUUGCCGAGCCGGGUAGAUAUUUUGUUACUUCCGCCUAUACUUUACUUUGCAAAAUACACUCCAAGAAGGAAGCGCGUUUGCCGAAUGGAAAACUGCUCUUGAAACAGUAUUACCUGAAUGAUGGCGUUUAUGGAUCGUUUAACAAUGUUCUUACCGAACAUUUUAAGCCAGUGGUGCAACAUUUUGUGAAUGAGCGCCAUGCAGAAGUUCCAAAAUUUAAUUCACUUUUAUGGGGUCCCACCUGCGAUGCAUUGGAUAAGAUAGCUGAAAACGUGCAUUUGCCCGAUCUCAAAUGUGGUGAAUUUUUGGCUUUUCCCAAUAUGGGUGCUUACAGUUUGCCACUUGGAUGUCGCUUUAAUGGAUUUAAUCUACCAAAAACUAUCUACUAUGAUAAGGCAACACAGUAAAUGUCCACCAUCACAAGUGUUGGCUAAAAUCAACCAUAAGAUGUAUUAAGCAAAAGUCAUUCACCCUUAUGAUACUUGACACGUUCUUUGCAUUUGUAAAUUAAUUAUUUUCACAUUGCAAUCUUAUCGUAUAAACUCAACUAGAAAGAUAUGAUUUGACCAAUUGCCAUGGAACAUAAAUAACUUUGUUGUCAUAACUGUCGAAGAAGCA